UCAACGGCCCCCACCCCCCCGACCUCGUCCGUUGACAACAUGGCGACCGCGGAGCCGGAAAUGGCCAUACGUGCGCUGACGCCGGAGGAGCCGGAGAAGGUGGAGGACUCGGAGACUGACCAGACGGACGUCGAUCCGGAACACUACAUCAAGCACCCGCUGCAGAACAGGUGGGCUCUUUGGUUCUAUAAGAAUGACAAGAGCAAGUCAUGGCAGGCCAACCUGCGACUCAUCACCAAAGUGGACACGGUGGAGGACUUUUGGGCGUUGUACAAUCACAUCCAAGUUGCAAGCCGUCUCAUGCCAGGCUGUGAUUACUCCCUUUUCAAGGACGGCAUUGAGCCCAUGUGGGAGGACGAGAGGAACAAGCGUGGCGGCCGCUGGCUCAUCACGCUCACCAAGACGCAGAGGCACUCCGACCUCGACCGCUACUGGCUUGAGACGCUGCUGUGCCUCAUCGGGGAGGCAUUUGACGACCACAGCGACGACGUGUGUGGCGCGGUGGUAAACGUGCGGCCCAAGGCGGACAAGAUCGCCGUGUGGACGGCGGACUGCGACAACCGCGAAUCGGUUGUCGGCAUUGGGCGCGUGUACAAAGACCGCCUGGCGCUGCCUCCUCGCAUCAUCAUCGGCUACCAGUCCCACACGGACACGGCGACAAAGAGCGGUUCCAGCACCAAGAACAUGUUUACCGUGUGAGGGGGGCGGAUGCAUCGCUGCCCCCCACCUCUCCCCCCCCCCGACCUCGACGCCCCCCCCUCCCAUGGCUCCAUCGCCGUGCUGCACCCCAUGACGCCCCAUUGCCAGCCCACCUCACCCCCCCCUCCCAUCUCCCUUCCAGUGUCAUAUCCGUCGCGAGCCACCUUCGUAUCGCAAGAUGCAACCGAAAAAACACAAUUGACUGGUACUUUAACUCCUUACCAAAACGACGUCAUGUUCACAGUUUUUCCGCAGGCGCUCUUGCAAAUUGCGUCAAGAAUCGUAUUCGAAAUCUGGUCCAGAAAACCUUGAAAUGAGUGCAGAACAAUUGUGGUUUUCAAAUUCUCCAGCACGCUACUUUACAUUGGUGUAAGGCGGUGACGGGUGCCGGCAUGCGCCGCCGUGUGUCAGGACACGGCUGCAGUGCCCGCUCCCAAACCGCACCACGUGUCAGAAUGUGGUGAACACUACAUUCAACGUUAUGUCGAUCAUAUCACAAUUGCACCACUAGAGGACCCGGGGUCGCGGCUUUCGAUUUCACGAAGAAAGGCUUGCGGCCUGUGUCAGCUUGGAACGCACGGUCCAGGUGUGUGUACAAAAUGACAGCCGUUUGGGUUGUCUUUCAGACAACUUAGCCAACCCACAUGACUCCCUCCCCUCCCUCGAUGUCUACAUCCCCCCUAACCCUCCCCCUCCCACACCCCACAAUCCAUCGAGGGCCAAUCUGGUGUGAGUUUACACAAAUGCCUUAGGCCUUUAAAAACAAACAAAAAAUAAUGUAAACUCGAAUGUUGCAGUCAGGUCCCCCAUGUGUGCACGUGGCAGCGGUCUUCGUGAAGCCGUGUGCUUGGGGCGUUAGCUAAAGUCUGCAUAGAGGUGUUUCUUGCAAGGUAUAGGAGGGAUAUCUGCAACUUGGCAACCUGCCCUAGGUUACCAUGCACUAAUUGAGCUUUGUUAUUUGCAUCCAAACUCUUAGUAUAAGAUUGAAAAACUCUUGACCUGAUGUGUGCGCGCAUCCGCACGUUUUCUUAAUAUUUCCAAACUGCAAAUUUAGGUUACCACAUCUGACACUAUCAUAUUUUGAUUUUGAUUAUUUUUGUGUAUCGUACAGUACUGUUUGUGUGAUAACCAUUGCUGGAUGUUGGCGCAAGCGAACGCAGCACAAGUGUUGGCAGUCUGUAACGAGAGCGGACUGGCACACAACACUUAAAAUGUAUUUAUUAUAGUGUGUUUUAAGUGUCUAUGGUCUAACAUUGCAAUCCACUCAUUAAGUACUCGUUUUUUGUCACACUGUACAUUUAGCACCCUCGGGUGCGCACGUUUAUUAUUUAAGCGCUGUACUUCACGCGUGCUUGCGGUGGCUGCGGGAGAGGUAGGUGUGCAUUUAGUUUCUAGCGAGCGAGUCGAAACGGUGCACUCGAGAUUCUCGUCGUAUCGGCAGCGCAAGCCAACCAACGUUGCCGACCGGCGUGCUUUUAAGAAAUGAAAGCGUUUCUUUUGUCAACUGCGUUUUAAUAAACGCUUAAUGUUUUUGCUAGAGCCGGGCUGUUCCGAUUAUUUAGGUAAUCUAUUAGUUUACCGAUAAUUGGUUAAGUUACUCCACUAAUCUAAUGACACGAAAGUAAUUGGGGGGGGUCUCAACUCUACCCUUGCGUGUGCUGCUGGACGGGAGGUGAUGGGCAGGUGCUUGGUGGCAUCGCCAGCAUCGUCAUCCGACUCUUGACCAUGAAUUGCCAGGGGUUUCUCGCCUUCAGUUUGCAGGACGUGGGGUGGAGGAGCUUGAAUCUUUUUUAAAGGGGCCCAGGUAUCGACCACAAGAAGAGCAAUUCUCUCGUAUGGAUGUAAUGUGUGUAACAAUCAUACACGGACGUCUACAUUUGAAAUCAAGUUGAAAUGUAGGUGAAUGCAAUUUCUCGUCGAUUAAUCGGCUUGAUCGACUUCUCGUCCUGGCUCUCGGUUCAACGUCAAUCGCCGUCGCAGAUCUUCGACACGGUUGCUCCGCAGAGACGCGCACCUUAACACAAGCCCGCUAUCGACACGGAAGCGCGUAAACAGGGUCCUCCGGCUACUUCGGGUGCUGGGCCCGAAGCACGUGCCCUCGGUGUUUUUUUGCAAUGGCAUUUUACACAAUUGUUUGGCAGCGUAAUGCCGCCACAAUGACGGGGUGAAUGUUGGCUUCCUGUCUUGCCGUAGCAGCUGUUUGUUCCCUGUGUAGGCCAGACUGCUUUGAAGGAUGAAUAGACCGAAUUAAGGUGCUGCUGGGUUUAGUGCCAGGGCUAAGAACGAGCCCUGACCUUCGCCUAAACUUGGUUAAAUCUCCAGGGGAGGAGCCGUAGUUUGUGGUGGCAGCGAUUAGCCAGCGGCGCUAUGAAUGCGGCCACCCGAGUUGGAUUUCCUGGUCACGGCUAACAUCAGUGGCAAGUGAUAUCGCAACCAGUCCUGCCCUUUCGCCUUUAACUUAAACUGACUAGCGUAGUGGUCAAAAGCUCAAUAAAACGAUAUGAUGUGGGGUGGCCUUCAUUGGUGAAUGGGAAUGGCCUGAAUGUAUUUGAUAUUAAUGAAACGAUUACCAGCCGGUUUGACGCAUUGGUGUAGUGCAGUGCACAGAUUGCAACCGGACCGUUGUCAGUUCAUUCCAGUUUGUGGUCACCUUGGCCCGUCCUCUCGUAAGGCUGGUCGACGGAUAUCCUUUGGAAGGACUCCGCGUGCCAUAAGAACGUGUAAUGUCCACCACGGGUUCAGGACAGUAAACGGGAUUUGAAACCAAUAAGGCAAUUUGGGCUGCUCAAGGAACUAAGUGGCUGUGGCAAAUAGGAACCUGACCUGAAUCUCAAGCGACAAUAGCAAACCUCUGCGUUUCGCGGCGUGUAUAAGUGCAGUACGUGAUUUUAUAUGUGUAGUGGACAUGGCGGCUUGUGGCUAGCUUAAUUGAAGUGUCGUCUCGUGUGCUCACGCGUAGAAGUGUGGACUCUUGCCAUGGUUGUGAAGCCAUGCAUUACGUGUGGCCAAUUUCGCAACCAGGAGAUUUCGUUAUUACGCUAGUUUCCUUUCUCCUGACUUUUCUCUGCGUGUAAGAUUAUCAUCUGAGCAAAUAACGUGUUUUGUACCGGUAACCUAUUUUGCUAUUAAAUUGUUUAUUUCAUGAACUCGUAAGAAAAAAAAUGAUGGGCCUACGUGAUGCGGCGCCUCUGUAUACUUUUCUCUCAGAAGUUCCCGUGUGUCGAUGCAGUACGGCGGCUGAAAUGGGCGACAUUGACAUUUUUGCAAUGAUGAAUUAACACCUAAAUAAGCUCUAGCAGCAUUUUGUUAUUUGCGCCUGGAUUUAUGUCAUUAGUUGGAAUAAAGACGUGAUUAACUUA